AUGUCGCCCAUAAACGUUCUGGUUGAUCAAUGCUCGGGUCAGUGGAACAGGGUUCUAGCCAUCAAUGUGUCCAUGAGAGUGGCACCGGGCCAGCUUGUGGCUGUGAUAGGGGAAGUGGGCUCAGGGAAAUCCUCUCUGCUCUCCGCACUGUUAGGGGAGAUGCACAGACUUGCAGGACACUGUAGCGUCAACUCCUCAGUGGCCUACGUCCCUCAAGUGGCCUGGAUACAGAACAGCACACUCAGGGCUAACAUCCUGUUCGGACGACAGUUCAAGCGGAAUUUUUACAACAGGGUCAUCCGCGCCUGCGCACUGGUCCUCGAUCUCGAGAUUCUUCCGGCUUAUGACCACACUGAGAUCGGGGAGAAGGGGGUCAACUUGUCUGGCGGUCAGAAACAGCGCGUGUCCCUAGCACGUGCAGUGUACAGCCAGGCGGACAUUUUCCUUCUGGACGACCCUCUGAGUGCUGUAGACUGCCACGUGGGUCGACAGUUGUUUGAUGACGUCAUCGGUCCCCAAGGACUUCUCAAGCACAAAGUGAGUUAUUACGGGCUCACGACUUAAGGCAAGGUACUACUUUUUAUUUCGAAAGUGGGCUGGAAAGUA